AUGAAGCUAUUUAUAAUUUGCUCAUUCUUAUUAUCAGCAGUGUUACUUUCGGACGCUGUUUGCAAUAGAAAUACCAUAAAGCAUAAUGGUGAAGAUGUUGUUGUUUGGUUUUGCGUGCGCUCUAAGGAUGUUGUUGCCGAUGUUGCAAGAGCGCCAAAAGAUGUAAAAGUCGUUGUUUUUGCAUAUUCUGAUAUUCCAGUUUUGAAAAAUGAUGUUAUGACACCAGUAGCCAAUGAUUUGGUUGUAUUAUCAAUUGUUCAUUGUAAUAUGGAAGAUAUUGAAGAUGAUGCAUUAAAGGGUAUGGUUAAUUUGAAGAGAUUAAUUGUAUCGCACAAUAAAUUGAAAAAAGUCAAAGCAGCAUGGUUUAAGGAUGCAGUGAAUGUAAAAAUGAUUGAUAUCCAGGAUAAUAUGAUUGAAAUGGUUGAGGACGAUGUUGCUGAACAUUGGAAAAAUGUUGAAAUGUUACAUAUGUCGGGUAAUAAAGUUAAAUGUAUGUCUGUUGAUUUUAUGAAUCAUAUGACAAAAUUAAAUCAUGUCGAUAUGGAAAUGAAUCCAUGGCAUAUGAGAUGUUUUAAGGAAAUAAUGAAUUGGCUUAAAGAAAAGGAACUUAUUGGUGAGAAAGGAGCAAAAAUAAUUGAUAGUAAAAUGAUGGUACAAACAGAUGUUUGUGUUAAUGAAAUGAAGAAAGACGAUAAAGUUGACGAUGUUGCGGUUGAUAAAUGUGUAAUGGAAUUUGUUGAAAAAAUGAUGGUUGAUAAAGUGGUUGAUGUCGUUAUGUAA